AUGAUGAGACGAAGCCUUAGUACGAUGCCAUGUGUGCUAAUCAAGAGGAACAUGUUGCCUCCGAGGCCUAAAUUCCAGUCUUUCAUGGAGGAUGAAAUUGAAGAGAAGUUCCUUCAUGGUGGACGGGGAGCCGGUGGUCAAAAGAUUAAUAAAUGCAAUUCCAAGGUACAAUUAAAACAUGUUCCCACUGGGAUCAUUGUUUCCUGCCAGGAGACACGGUCCAGGGACCAAAACAGGAAGCUUGCGCGCGACAAGUUGGCGUUGGCGUUGGAACGACACAAGAGCGGUGGUACUAGUUCCAAUUGGGUGCCCACUGUUCGAGAAGCAGCCCUCAACGAGCGAGCACGACAGCAGAAGAGGUCCAAGGAGAGGAAAAGCAGGGCCAAGUACGAUUCUGUGAAGACCGCCAAAGAGAAGGAGGAAAGAGAAAGGGCUGAAGAGGAAGAACAGAUUUUGAGGAGUUUGGAAUGA